AUGGGGAGAAGACCUGCGAGGUGCUAUCGGCAGAUCAAGAACAAGCCAUACCCCAAGUCAAGGUACUGCCGUGGUGUGCCUGACCCUAAGAUCAGGAUCUAUGAUGUCGGCAUGAAGAAGAAGGGUGUCGAUGAGUUCUCUCACUGUGUUCACCUUGUCUCAUGGGAGAAGGAGAAUGUGUCCAGUGAGGCUCUUGAGGCUGCCCGUAUUGCUUGCAACAAGUACAUGACUAAGCAUGCAGGAAAGGAUGCCUUCCACCUCAGGGUCAGGGUUCACCCGUUCCAUGUGCUCCGUAUCAACAAGAUGCUUUCGUGUGCUGGGGCUGAUAGGCUCCAGACUGGUAUGAGGGGUGCUUUUGGGAAGCCGCAGGGAGUCUGUGCCCGUGUUGCCAUUGGGCAGGUCCUCCUUUCUGUGCGGUGCAAGCCCAACAAUGCCAUCCAUGCUACUGAGGCCCUUCGUCGUGCCAAGUUCAAGUUCCCUGGCCGCCAAAAGAUCAUUGAGAGCAGGAAGUGGGGCUUCACCAAGUUCAACCGCAAUGACUACCUCAAGUUCAAGAGUGAGGGCAGGAUCUUGCCUGAUGGAGUCAACGCUAAGGCUGCUCGGAUGCCAUGGCCGCCUUGCAAACCGUGCCCCUGGACAAGCUUUCCUGUCUGCUGCAUAAUCUAG